CUUCACUUCAUUUUGGCUUCUCUCUCAAAAGUCCCAUAAAUAAAUUGGAAUAAAUAAUAGUCCGACAUAUAGUCGGUGGACAGCUGACGAUGAAAGCUCUAUUCCGGCACCGGUAAUCGGAGAAUCUCCGGCGACAUUCCCUCCGGAAAGCGGUUUCCCUGCGACUCGGUUCUCGGCUCCGGCGACACUCUCGGCCUCCGCUCGUUUUCUCUCACUGCGAGUAUCUACUUUCUCUAUCUAAACCUUACGCGCUUCCGGCUGUGUCCGGCUUGCGGAAUCUUCGGCUGCGGCAUUGUCAGAGCUUCGCAUUGCUUCGACACUGUAAAGCUUCUAACACUGAGAUGUAUGCUGUUCAGAAUGGCAAAAAUCGCGGUCUUGAGAAACCAAUUCCAGGAUGUUUGGGAAGAAUGGUAAACCUUUUUGACUUGAAUGGCGGUGUUGCAGGGAACAGGUUGCUCACAGAUAAACCUCAUAGAGAUGGUUCCCUCUCGAGGAGCCAAUCAGAUGUGGCAAGGAUGUCUCCAAGUGAGGAUCAAAUUGAGGAUAAAGAGAUUGUGUCUGAAUUGAGGAGAAAUAAUUCAAAAAUGAAAGCAAAUGGAACACCAAUGAAGAUGCUUAUAGCAGAAGAGAUGUCCAAAGACAUGGCCUCCAAGCAUAAUCCACCUAGUGUUGUAGCCAAAUUAAUGGGGCUUGACGGUUUUCCAUCUCAGCUACCAGUUUCUACUGCUCAAAGAAAUUAUUCUGGAAGGAAUGCACAAAGUGCUAAGGGUACACCUUUGAAUAAUUUCCACCACAGAAGUGGAUCCUUAGACACGCAAAUGGAGUGUGAGUUUUAUCAAUAUCCAGAGCAGAAUGAAUGCAAAGAUGUUUAUGAGGUUUGGCAGAAUCGACACGAUAUGAACUCCAUGAGAAGUAAAUCACCCCAGAUGGGAAGAUGUAAUGAAACUUCAACCGACAAGGUGGCUUUUGUCCGUCAGAAGUUCAUUGAAGCAAAAUGCCUAUCUCUAGAUGAAAAAUGUCAUCACUCUAGGCAAUUCCAAGAUGCAUUGGAAGUUUUGAGUUCAAACACCGAUCUGGUCCUUAAAUUUCUGCAAGAACCAAAGCCCAUGUUAUCUGAGCAUAUAUAUAAUUUGCAGUCUAUUCCUGCUCCUUCUGAGACCAAGCGGAUAACUGUUCUUAAACCAUCCAAGAUGGUCGAUAAUUGCGAAUUUAUUGGAACGGGGAAGAAUGAAAAUGUGAUGAAGAGAACCAACCAGGUCAGCCAAGUGAACAGAAUAGAUAAAACCCAUCCAGAUCUUUCUUCUCCUGCAGCUAGUUGGAAAACUGACACUAGUGUCACUCAACCAACUCGAAUAGUAGUACUAAAACCAAGCACUGUGAAGUCUCAUGAACUCAAAGCUUUGAGUUCCCCACCUUGCACAUCACCAAGAGUAUUACAUGGAAACAAGUUUGUUGGUGUUCCCGAAGAUAAUGAUGCUCAAGAAUCAAGAGAAGUGGCAAAAUCAAUCACACAACAGAUGCGUGAAAAUUUAGCUGGGCAUCGAAGGGAUGAAACUUUGCUUUCUUCUUCAGUGUUCUCAAAUGGAUAUAUUGGUGAUGAGAGUUCAUUCAACAAGUCAGAAAAUGAGUAUGCAGCAAUGAACCUCAGUGAUUCAGAAGUCAUGUCACCGAUGUCUAGGCACUCGUGGGAUUACAUUAAUAGGUUUAACAGUCCUUAUUCUUGCUCCUCCUUGAGCCGUGCAUCUUAUUCUCCAGAAUCAUCUGUAUCAAGAGAAGCAAAAAAACGACUUUCUGAAAGAUGGGCCAUGGUGACAUCUCAUCGAAGUCAUCAAGAACAGAGACAUCUCCGUAGAAGCUCUAGUACUCUAGGUGAGAUGCUUGCUCUUUCUGAUGCAAAGAAGCCAGGAACAGCUGAGGGGGAGGGCAAAAAAGGACCUAGGGACUUGAAUUGUUGUCCAGUUGAGGAUACAAACAAGAAUGAAGGCAUUGAUAGUAUGCCAAAGAAUCUCGUGAGAUCAAAAUCUGUUCCUGUAUCUUCUACAACAUUUGCUUCCCACUUGAAUUUGGACACUUCACAACCAGAGACAGCAAUAACAGAUGUUCCCAGAGAAAAAACAAAGGAAAGAAGCACAAAGUCAUUGCUAAAGGGGAAAGUUUCGAGUUUGUUCUUCUCAAGGAACAAAAAACUCUGCAAACAAAAGCCUAGAACAGAUGAAUCUCAUUCUGGUGGAAAGCUUUCACAUUCUAUUGCAAAAGUAGAUAACAACAGAAGUGAAUGCCUCAAUGGCACAGGGCUUGAUUGCUCAUCACCUGAUCUGCGUGAAUCAUCAGGUGAAGCAACUUCUCCGGAUUUGGUUGAAAAGCAAGGCUUGGUUUCUUCAGAGUUUGGACUGUCUUUGCCUUUUGGAAAUCCGAGUGAGAACCACGAUCAACCAAGUCCUGUAUCAGUUUUGGAGACAUCAUUUGAGGAGGAUGAACAUUUGGCACAAUUAUCACUUGGGAAUAUCAAGGCAGACCGUCGUGGGGGAGAGUUGCCUUUUCAGCCCAUUAGGUCCAAUCUAAUAGACAAAUCUCCUCCAAUAGGAUCAGUUGCCCGUACUCUAUCAUGGGAUGAUUCUUGUGUAGAUACAGCCACGUCAUCAUAUUCACUUAACCCACCAGUAUCAAUGCAAAGGACCGAGGAAGAAGAACGAGAAUGGCUCUUCUUCAUUCAGACCUUACUAUCCAUGGCUGGUCUCGACGAAGUACAAUCUGAUUCACUUUCAUCGAGAUGGCAUUCCCCAGAUAGCCCACUUGACCCAUUACUAAGGGACAAGUACAUCAAUUUGAACGAGAAAGAAACAGUGCAUGAAGCAAAGCGAAGGCAAAGGAGAUCAACUAGAAAGCUCGUGUUUGAUUGUGUCAAUGCGGCACUGAUCGACAUAGACACUUGCCACAAAACCAUUGCUUUCAGCGGUGCCCAUAACACCAUCCCAGAUGGUUCUUCAAUUAUAUCAGCGGACCGGGUUUGGGGAAGGAUAAAGGAAUGGUUUCCUAGCGCGGCGGGAUGCCUCUCGGACGAUGGCGUUGACGACAACAACCUGACCGAGAGGAUGGUGAGACAGGAGGCGGUCGGGAAAGGGUGGCACGAAUACUUGAGAUUAGAAGCGGAAAGUAUAGGAAAGGAAAUCGAAGGAAAAUUGUUGGAAGAGAUUGUGCAGGAUGCUGUGGUUGGAUUGGCAGAUACAAUGUGAAUGCACACCUCAUCUUCUUCAGGUCUUCUCUAAUGUAUUAUUUUCAACUCCAUAACUCUUCUUUUGGCUUAUUAUUAUUAUUAUUGUGUUUCACCAGAAUGAUGCUUCUGCUCACCUAAGUUUCUCUUUGGUUGCAAA